CGUAAAAAUGACAACAGCACAGCGCGGCACGGAUCGGAAUCAUGAGAUGAGAUAGCAUAGUAAAGCAGCUCACGCACGCAAACGAAACGCAACGCAACGCAACGCAAGUCACGGAACGAACCCACUGCCUCUUCUUCUUCUUCCUCUCGACUCUAGAGAGUGAGAGAUCGAUCAGCUGCUCACUCAAAAACACGCACAUUGCUCCAAUCCAAUCCACCUCACAUCCAUUCCAGGUAAAUAAUGCAUUUUAAACCAAAAGACACUUGACUCAUGGGUUAUGUUGGUGGAACCCUACUAAAGGGAACCUAAACUCUGUGGCCAGCUUCAUGAUUUAGUAGUUUCUAUCCAGUUCAAGGGUUGGGGAGGAUUAGGGUCGAGCAGGGGUCUAUGGCAAGGUUUCACUCGUAAAUGGCUAAAGUCAGCAAAGUGCGACGUAAGACUAACGCCCGUAAUCAUGGGGUUACCCGUUCUCCAUCGCCAUCUUGCUGUCGGAAUAAUUUCAAAGAUGUUCACCUUAAGAAGAGACGUUCGAAAGCAUCAGACAAGAAAGAUUGGAAAAAUGCAACCUGCCCAGUUUGUUUGGAGUACCCUCACAAUGCUGUUCUCCUUCUUUGUUCCUCUUAUAACAAGGGUUGUCGCACUUUUAUGUGUGCCACUAGCCAUCGGUAUUCCAACUGUCUUGAGCAAUACAAGAAAGCCUACACAAAAGUUACUCCCAUUCAAAGUUCUCAACAUUUGGAUGUGUUAGUGGAAAAUUCGAGUUUAAUUUCUGGUCUGGAGCAUCACAAUGAAAAGAUGGAAGUGCCAGAGCUUUUAUGCCCUCUCUGUCGUGGGCAGGUGAAGGGUUGGACUGUGGUUGAGCCAGCAAGAAAAUAUCUGAAUGCAAAGAAGAGAUCCUGCAUGCUGGAUGAUUGUUCAUUUGUUGGAACUUAUAAGCAACUCAGAAAACAUGUUAGGUCGAAGCACCCAUUGGCCUGUCCGCGAGCAGUGGACCCUGUACUUAAAGAAAAAUGGAAGAGGCUUGAGCGUGAGAGGGAGCAAAGUGAUGUGAUCAGCACAAUUAUCUCAUCAACACCUGGGGCUGUGGUUCUGGGGGACUAUGUGUUAGAGCCUAACUAUGGUGACACUUCUGAUUCUGAUUUGGAUGACUAUUUUGAUGAUGCUUUCUUUCCUCUGGCAUCAUUUGAUCGUGGACGUACUCAUGGCAUUUACUCACGGAGUAGAAAUAAUAGGGACCAUGGCUUGUUUGAUGGUGAUUUUGUGCAUGCUACCGCUGUUCGUUCUGCUGCUUCAUAUGGCCGUGGUGUUCGUUCUGCUGCUUCAUAUGGACGUGGUGUUCGUUCUGCUGCUUCAUAUGGACAUGGUGAACGUAGUUUACAAGUUGCACGUUCUAGGAGGCAAUGGAGGCGGCAUAUAAGAGCAACACUUUUCUGACAAAAUAACAGAGAAGUGUCGAAGGACUGAGCUGCAGCUCUUCUACAGUUGGGUGCUUUAUAUUCAUUUGCUGCCGAAGUCUUAUUUAUGGCACCACUUCAUAAUGAUAUGCCAGAGCAUUGUCAUCAUAUCAUUGACAGAGUGAAGCUUUUUACACCACUAUCUGGUUUAGUAUCACUAGAUCUAGUUUGAGGUGACAUUGCCUCUGGAUUUUUAGGUCUCUAGAAAAGAACCAAAACAUUUAGUUGUCAGUUUCCCUGUAGGUGCAUGGAUUUUUCCAUCAUUUGGUCAUGCAUAUUGGUCAUAUGAGUAGGGACAUAUAAUGGUUCAUUUUCUUUUGAUAAAAUGUUUUCAUUUUAAAACUGAUGUUUCUUGGUGUCCACCAUUCUUCUCACAAACGGCAUUCUGUACAGCCCUGAAGAAUAUUUGUAUAAUUUGCUUUUACAGCCUCCCAACCAUGCAGUGACAUCAAUUGUGAUCCUACCCGACAAAUUGUGACAAUGUGGUUUUAUAGCUUUUCUGGAUGUUAUUUCCUGAUAA